AAAAAAAACAACAGGCAACAGCUGAUUCUGUUAUUUUGACUGAAAUACUAUUAUUUCUCAUAAUAUAAUAUUGUAAAUUGCUCAUUGCUAUUUCUUAAUUGGGUAACAUCAAUUACAAAGUGAUUAAUUAUUCUUCCAAUACAAAAUGAUAUUUUACCCAAUAUUAAGAAAUCAUAUUGUAACUAAAUCUAAGUUUCUAAGGUUAAGUUCAACAGUAAUUUUGCCGGAUAUUGAUACGAACUAUUACUGUAAUUCUGAAAAUUCUUUAGAAAUUGACAACAAUAUUAAAUUACGAAAAGGAGUGGGUGAUGUAAAUCGUGUAAUGAAUAUGUAUAAAAAAUAUAAAGCAACUCCUUUAUCUGAUAGUUCUUACCAAAUAGUGCGAGAGAAUCUGUACAAAGAACUAAGUUGUCUUCCUAACAAAACACACCCUUCCGUUCUGGAAAAUGUCGAACCACAAGUUGUCCGAGAAAUAAACCAGAAAAGAGAUUUUCAAUCACAUCGACCUCUGGAAUUCAGUGAUAUAACAAGGCGGCUCAAUUUAGUGAGAACAGAUAAAUUAGGACACACUUGUGGACACAAAAGCUAUUACUUCUUGGGAGAACUGGCCGAAUUAGAAGAAGCAUUAAUCAAAUACACUGUUGGUAAGCUUCUUCAAGAGAAGUUCCAACUGGUGUCAGUUCCGGAUAUUUUACCUAGUCAAGUUUUGGAGAGUUGCGGGAUGACCAUUAAUAGUGAUCGCACUCAGAUAUAUUCUUUGGACCCAGUCCAUCAUGGUCCAGAUUUGUACUUGUCGGGUACUGCUGAAAUGUCCCUAGCAGGGCUGUUGAUGAAUACAACUCACACUGAGGAAGCCUUGCCUUUGAAACUGGCUGCAGUGAGUAGAUGCUUCAGGGCAGAAACCUCAAAUCUUAUUGAAGAGAGAGGAAUAUAUAGGGUACACCAAUUUACCAAAGUCGAAAUGUUUGCAGUCACUACUCCAAAUCAAUCUGAAAGUAUGCUUGAAUAUCUGAGAACAAAACAAGAAGAAUUAUUUUCACCAUUAGGAUUUAAUAUGAGAAUUCUUGACAUGCCACCACAUGAACUAGGAGCUCCUGCUUACAGAAAAUACGAUAUAGAAGCAUGGAUGCCUGGUCGCAAUAAUUAUGGUGAAAUAUCUAGCUGCAGCAACUGUACAGAUUAUCAAUCAAGAAGACUUCACAUCAAAUAUGUUCAUAAUGAUGGGACCUGCUAUGUUCAUACAUUGAAUGGCACUGCAUGUGCAGUCCCAAGAAUGCUGAUAGCUUUAUUAGAAACACAUCAAGAUCCAAAAGGAAAAAUUUAUAUACCUGAAGUAUUACAACCAUAUAUGAAUGGCAAAAAAUAUAUUGCUAAAAACAACACAGUUCCAGAACUGAAGCUUAUGAAAAUAAAAAGAUAAUAUAGCAUUUAA